GCUUCUCUUUCUUCUAUAUAUAUGCAACAUGGUUUUCUUAAACCUUUCACAUUUGGCAAGAUGGAAAGCCCUUGAUUCUCUCUCUCUCUUCUAGUUUCAGUUUCCAUCCUUUUCUGGGAAUUUCUUGGUUGUUGUUUUCCUUUGCUUGAGAAAGAGAUAGAUCAGAUGGGGAGGGUAGGGUUCAGAUGAAGCUGAUAGAGAACAAAAUCAACCGCCAGGUUACUUUUUCCAAAAGGCGAGGUGGGCUGCUGAAGAAAGCACAUGAGAUCUCUGUGUUGUGUGAUGCUGAGGUUGGUUUGAUUGUCUUCUCCCACAAGGGGAAGCUUUCUGAGUACGCCACUGGUUCUUGCAUGGAGAAUAUACUUGAGCGUUAUGAGAGCUACUCUUAUGCGGAGAGACAGGUAGACGGAAGUACUGAUUCCGAAUUUCAGGGCAACUGGACAAUGGAGUUUUCUAGACUUAAGGCUAAGAUCGAACUUCUGCAAAGAAACCACAGGCGUUAUCUGGGAGAUGAUCUGGAAUCGUUAAGUUUCAAAGAGCUACAAAGCUUGGAGCAACAGCUUGAUGUUGCGCUUAAACACAUUCGAUCAAAAAAAAAUCAACUUAUGAAUAAGUCCAUAUCCGAUCUUCAGAGAAAGGAGAAGGCAAUACAGGAGCAGAAUAGCAUCCUAGCGAAGAAGAUCAAAGAAAAGGAGAAAAUUACUGUGGCGCAGCAGGCGCACUGGGAGCAGCCAAACCUGCAUGGCCCUGAUGGAUCAUCAUCGACGUUCCUGCUACCACAGCCACUUCCCUGUUUGAACAUCGGUGGCACUAAUUACCAGGAAGAUCGGUCAGAAAUGAGGAACGAGCUCGAUCUCUGUCUCUUGAACCAAUUUAUUCCUGUCACCACGGAUGCUUUGCCUCGUGAACUGAUCAGGGAACAAAGAUAUAAUUUGUAAGGUGGUUCCGAAUCCUGAUCUUGCCACCUAAUAUAUUAUCCCCGUUUCGAGACAUUAAUUAAACUCAUUAUAAUAUGAGCUAAAUUAAUGAAAUUGUAUCCCUCUCGUUGAGACGUACUGCAACCAACGUUGAUCGAGGAGACCAUAAACCUCGAUAUGGUUCCCCAUUUUAUUCUUUAAUUUGUGUGUUUUCGUAGCACAUACACUUAUUAUAUAUUUAUUCUUUUCUGCCAAAAGCUGGUAGAAUUGAAUUUUAUAAUCA